CGGACAUCUACCCACCAUACGACAGUAGGUGGAGAGCGGUUGGGGCCAAACGUAUGGAGGACAGAAGCACAGGCUUCCUGACAGAGCACAUAAUCAAUGAGGCUGGCCUGCUAGACGAAAAGCAAAGGAUGGAAACAAUGAACGAACUGCACGAGGUAGGGAAAAUCGCAGAAACAGCAUACCUGGAGAACCAACGAGCAAGAAGCUCCCCAGGAAGUCAACGAGACUCGGCCUGCUCAACCCCCAAAUCUCUGUCACCAUCCAAGUCAGAGGGUGCCACUCGGCAGAUUAAUAGAUCCUUAAAACGCAAAUCAGAAGACUCAACUAACGAGCCAGCAAAGACCGAAACCGACAAAGGAAGACAAAAAACGGUCGGCCUAGCUAACGCUCUAUCUGCCGACAUGGACUCCGAUGCGCAAGCAAGCAACACUCAAGUAGACGCUGCAACGGGAUCAAGCGGCAGCGUACCAACGGAAAUGGAGGAGGACCAGUCACAGCAGUCUGACGGGGAGGAGGACAAACAGCAGACAGACACAGGAAGGGGUUCCAAACGAACCAGGUCAGAGGGCAAUUCCAAUGAAACAGAUACAGAGGCUCAGGAAGACGAUGAGGACAGUACAGAACAGGGGGACACAGAUAUGGAAGAUGAGGAGGACCAAGACCAAGACACAGAUCCCGACUCCCUGGAGUACGUACAACAGUACGUGUGUUCCUUGGAGCUGAACAGAUCUGUAGAAUUGGAGGUAAGGCUGGCACACCAUAAGCACCUCCGCAACCUCAGAUCAGCAACCAAAAGAGAGGAGGACAUCACGACAGAGAACAAGUAUGAAAUCCUCAAAAGGGAAGAGGAGAUCAAUGAAUUUUACGCCGCACAGUACAGCAUGAAGGCAAGGGUGAAAAAGAACAAGAUUGAAGUGGAUAGAAGUACCUAUGAACAACACUUCAAUUGGCCCAAAUCCUAUGCAGAACAAAAAGCAGAGAGAAAACUAAAAAAACAGAGAAAUGCAGCAGAAUCCGGAGACCAAGGGAAAGAAGACCACAGGCCACAACCUUCACCAGCAGAUCCAGACUCAGCAGAGGACCUUAGAAGGCAAGCAGCAAUUCUGGAAGCACAAGUAAACACGUUGAGGGACCAGAAUCGGAAGCUCAACGAGAAUUGUCUGACACUCAAGGACGUGGCCGGGGUAGGACACAAAGAAAUCGAAGCUGCAGCCAGGCUGGACGCACGCAGCAGCCCCAAAAGGCGGACAAUCCUACCUUAUCGCUGGAACACCAGAUACGAAACUUGGGAGGUAGCUUAUCAUAGGUCCCACGCAUUGAUCUCAGUCCCAGAGAAGGACAUCAAUUGGGCAGUUCUGUGCGACCUCAUCUCAGACAGUGUACCAGACAAAAUUCACACCCUGGGCACAAGGGAAGAGGGAAGGGAAGAGUGGAAGGAUCAGGAAGGGGACAGACAGGUGGCGGACAUGAGGCCGUUGCUGAUGGAGCUGGAGGAAUCAGCGUACCUCAAGGGAGACCUCUGCUGGGUUCCAUGGCAGGCAAUAGAAUCCAUGCCAUAUGGCCUGCUGGGAGGAGAGAUGGUAGCGGAGAGAGCUACCUUAAGCAGCGCACAGGUGACAGCACACAAAGUUUUUACGUCGGACCCAAACGACCUGCAGCUGAAGUUGCUGACAGACAUCUUCACUAGAAGAUACAUAACCGCCUCCGGCUCUUAAAAAGUUUUAUAACAAGGACCAACAGAAAGUGGAUCUAACUUUCAGCCAUGGGGGAGCGAGACAGAUCUGACCAACCCCCUAGGGCUAUAAGAAGAUUCACAUUACGCAGACAUGAUCCCGACUUAAAAAUCAUUUCGUGGAAUGUACAUGGAAUGUUGUCCCUACUCUCUAACCAAAAGAAAUGGGACAACAUGAUCAAAGAUACAGGCUGGUUUGGAAGAUCACCGCCCGAUCUCCUCUGUAUUCAAGAGACACAUUUAACGUCAUCAGAGGAUCAUCAGAAGGCACAAGACCAAAUCAUGAAAAAAUUAAAAUGGACAAAGGAAACAAUCUGGGCACCCUCAACACGUCCCAAUUCAGCCGGUAUGACCAUCCUAACCAACAGCCGUUCCAAAGCAGCAAACAAGAUCUCUAAAAUAGCCGAGAAUUAUGACACAGAGGAGGGCAGAUGGGCAAGCCUAGAUUUCCACAUCUAUGAAGAGAGAUUCAGACUGAUCACAGUGUACUGCCCGAAUACACUAGCACAAAGAGCAAGAGUAAUAGAAAACCUACUCCCAAAGUGUGAUCCUAGCAUGCAUAUUAUACUAGUAGGGGACUGGAACGCAACACUAGACCCAACAAAAGACCGCUUAUCCG